AUGGCUGAUUCAAAGCCAGACCCUUCUGGCUACAACCCGAUUUUUGUCGGAGAGCUGCCGGGGAAUAAGAACAAGAAGCCCAUUCCUAAAUGGGUUCCGGUUGCUCUACUAGCCUUCUCAUCUGCUGCAUUGAUAGUCCCUAUCGUGAUGCUACGCCGACAUAGAGCCGCUACGCUUGGAAAAGCACUGGCCGACGCGCCGCCCCCUCCUCGCCGUACCGUCUCCAAGGGCAUACCAAUGGCAAACCCGACGACAAAACCACCCGUGUUUUCUAUCAGAGAUCCAGUACCUUCGACAUCUACCUCGGCCUCUUCGUCCAUGGCGGCCAAGGCUGAAGAUAAUUUCAACGGUGCUCUUCAUAGCGCGAAGGCGUUCGGCAUCGCAACUCUAAUGGUGGGAGCCGGAGCUGCUGCCACGGUUUACGGAGUGAGACAGUAUAUGGGCGUGCAGACAACACAUGAAUUCGCGAACAGGAUGCGCGAUGCCAUCUUGACCCGAAUGCCCAGCUUAUCUGCCCGCAUAUACCGGCCGCCGAAAGCUGAGGAUGGAGACCCCUUGUUGCUGCCAGACCCUCCUGAAGAGUCCUCGUCGACACUGGACGCUGCCGAGGAGUGGUCGUGGCCAGAAGCCGAGCGACGAUUGAGGGAGGCAUUUGACAAGCACGGGUUCUAUGGCUGGGCUGCUGCUGCGAUGCAUGAGUUGGAGGCUGAAGGACGAAUAGAGAGGGCGAAGAGAGGUCAUGUUUAG